CCAAGCUUCCCGCCGGUCCUCUAACCCCGAGGUGCCGGUGCGGCUGUCACUGGGCUGCGCUCGCAGUCCGCUCCUCACACCUCUGCUACGGACCCCAGGGCUGUGCGGGACAUGGCGAAUUCGGGCUUCGAGGACGGCCGAGGUCAGGAGGAGGAGACUUUUUUGUACUUCGCCUAUGGAAGCAACCUGCUGACGGAGAGGAUCCACCUCCGAAACCCCUCGGCCGCGUUCUGCUGCGUGGCCCGCCUGAAGGAUUUUAAGCUUGACUUUGGCAAUUCCCAAGGCAAAACAAGUCCAACUUGGCAUGGAGGUAUAGCCACCAUUUUUCAAAGUCCUGGCGAUGAAGUGUGGGGAGUAGUAUGGAAAAUGAACAAAAGCAAUUUAAAUUCUCUGGAUGAGCAAGAAGGGGUUAAAAGUGGAACAUAUGUUGUAAUAGAAGUUAAGGUUACAACUCAAGAAGGAAGAGAAAUAACCUGUCGAAGUUAUCUGAUGACAAAUUAUGAGAGUGCUCCUCCGUCACCGCAGUAUAAAAAGGUUAUUUGCAUGGGUGCAAAAGAAAAUGGUUUGCCAUUGGAGUAUCAAGAGAAGUUAAAAGCAAUAGAACCAAAUGACUAUAAAGGAAAGGUCUCAGAAGAAAUUGAAGAUAUUAUCAAAAAGGGGGAAACACAAACCCAUUAGAAUACAACAGACUUUAUCUAAGGAUAUUCUCUCUCUGUGCUAAUAUAAAAUAUUUUUAACUUUUGAGAACAGGGAUGGGGAUAUCUCCAUGUUUAAUCCAUUUUCAUCAGUGCUCUGAAAGGCUAUCUCACUUGGGUAAUUCCUUGUUUCCAGACUAUAAAAGGAAACUGGAUUAGGAGUUAGACAAUUGGAAAGGGGGCUAUGAGGCCCUGGAAUGCGUGACAAAUCGAUGUAGUACACCUUCUGUAAACACUAAAGCUAUUUUCUUGAAUAGAUCUUAAGUGUCUUCUUGCUCUCUGGCAAAGGGUAGAUUUGCAGCUUGCUUGAUGAUGGUGCUGGUGAAUUGCUCUGCUCUGUGUGUGAUUUUU